AUAGAUCAAUCAUCUAUGUAUAAUUCACCUAAAUAUGAUCUUCUCUCAGAUAAAGGAAAAAAAAUAUAUAACAAUAUUAUUGAUUCUGGCUAUUUAAAUCCAAAUAAAUUUCGUUUUUGGAUUCAAAGAAUUCUAUCUAAAGUUCUUAAUAAAUUACCAAAAGUUGAAGAUAAAUAUGAAUUAAUAGUAAAUAAUCAAAAGAUAAAAAUCAAAAUAAUAGAGAGUGGUCCUGCAUAUACAAUAAUAAUAAAUAUGCCACAUGAAACUGAAAAUAUUCAUAUUGAUUUAGCUCCAACAUUAGCUUUCCAUAUAAAUUGCAUUAAUCAUUUUACUUCAAAAUUUAAUGAACUUCAAAAUUGUCGAAAUGAAACAUGGUUUGCAAUUCCAUUACCAUUAACAGAUAAUGAUUCUAAUAAUAAAAAUCUUUAUUGGAGACUUUCUUUUAGUUAUCAAGAGAAAGAAAUUCUUGCUAAAUAUGGUCGUAUAAAACCAGUCAUACGUCAAAUAAAGAAAUUAAGAGAUACACAAAAUUGGAAAAGUAUUGCAAGUUAUUUCAUAGAAACUUUAUUUUUACAUAAAAUAGAAGAAUUAAAAAAUGAUCUCGAAAAAAUACCAUUUACAUUAUUUUUAUUUAAAAUGCUUCAAGAAUUAUAUUAUGCUUGUGAUAAGCACAUGUUGGAAUUUUAUUGGGAUAAACAGUAUAAUUUAUUCUCAAAGAUUAGUAAAAUAGAAAUGCAUAACAUAACUUACCGCUUAAAAAAUAUUAUAAGCAAUAUUGAAAAAUAUUCAAGUGAUGAAUUCAUAUUAGCUAAAUUUAUUUGUAAGUUGUGCUUUUUAAAAUUACGAAAUGAUGAUAUUUGA